AAUAUAUAAUAAGGUGAUUACGUUAGUAGUGCUGCAACUCAACAUCCACAUAUAUACUGCGCAGCUGGUUUCAACUCCCUCUUCUACUUCAUUACUCAAUUGUCGGCAAAUGUGAAUCCUUGCCACCGCCGCCUGCAAAUUCUUCAGUUAUAAAGUCUCUGUACGUGUUAACUUUAAGCUUGGUACGCGCGUUUAGUGGUUGAGAUAUGCAAGAUGUUCACCCAAUUGGCGGCGGUGGAGCUCGGAUGUUCGCCGGUGGAGGUGAUCGGAGAUUGCGGCCACACCACCACCAGACGGCGGAGCUGAAGUGCCCCCGCUGCGAUUCGCUCAAUACCAAGUUCUGCUAUUACAAUAACUAUAACCUCUCCCAGCCCCGCCACUUCUGCAAGAGCUGCCGCCGCUACUGGACCAAAGGCGGCGUCCUCCGCAACGUUCCCGUCGGAGGCGGCAGCCGGAAAACCAAGCGCUCCAAGCAGAAAUCAGCCGAGUCGUCGCAGCGGCCGCCUGAGUCUAAUUCCCAUUCCACUAGCGAGAGUUCUAGCAUCACGGCCGCCGCCGCCGCCGCCGCCGCCGCCGCCGCGGCGGUCGGAGCCGCCGAAGUGGUGGCGGAGAGUGCGAACGAUCAGCCGUUGAUGGAUCACUCAACGGACGGUCAGAUCUUCCAGGAGCUCGGGAACUUCACGACCCUGAUGACGUCAUCGGACGGCCCGUCGUCUCUCGUCGAGUUCACCAACGCUGCCGCCGCCGCCGCCGACACGUUCCGGUUGCCGCACAGCCCUAAAGCUCAGUGGGGCCCGCAGCCAAAGAUGGACGGCGAAGAUGGAAAGAUGCAGGACAUCACGGCAGCCGGGUUUUUAGACGAUGCUACGCAGAGCAGGAGAAGCAACGGUGGACUCUCACCGUUGGAUUGGCAAAUCGGAGGUGGCCAGGGCCACGGGCUGUUUGAUCUUACCGGAGCCGUUGAUCAAUCGUACUGGAAUGAUGAUCACACCCUUAAUUACCUCCCUUUAUGAUUAUUCUGUCCAGUAUUAAGCUCUUCAGAACUUCAACUCCAAGGAGGAUUGGGAAUGAACAGAGACAUUUCAUAUGAUGUUUUGAAGUCAUGCUUUUAGAUCUUGGCAAUUGGAUUAAGGUUUUGUAGUUAUUUCUUAAUUUAUGCAGUAUAAUUAAUUAUAUUAUAUAACCUUCAUGAA